UCGCGGGGAUUCUAACAGGUGGACUCUUGAAUGAACAGAACGGUCUGUGUGUAAAUUGAGCCUGAAAGGGAAAGCUGAGGACAGCAAUGUCAGAUAAUCCAAUUCCUAGGACAUAAUUGACACUUCAACCUCUACCCACUGCUAACUCCCAACAAUCCCAGCGAAAUGGCUCACCUACCACUCUCGCAGUCCAAACUCCAAAAUUAGAUAAGGUGACAUCGUCUUCUUGUCCUACCUUCCUCGCUGAAAAAAAUAUUUCUUUUAUAAUUUUCUGCAUUGACUCUCUGGCUCAACAUUUUAAAAACCUUGUUUCUUUGGUGCUUGCAAUUGUAAUUUCCGCCGACCCCUGGACUGAAGCUUUCAGUUCUAUGCGAUGACACUGGCUGGAGCUCUUGCCAUUCUCUUUCUCCUCAUUGCUCUCUACUGUGGGUUAGAUCCUUUUGGGCACAGCCCCAUCGCCGGCUUCCCGGAGUUCGAAGCCCGCAAAAUCGACUUGCCGGCUUGGUCCGAUGUCCCCGCGGACGUUGACAAAGAAAACUUAUUGCAGAAGUCGGAGAUUAAGUUUUUGAAUCAAGUUCAGGGACCUGAGAGCAUUGCCUUUGACCCUCUUGGACGCGGGCCUUACACGGGCGUCGCUGAUGGGAGAAUCUUGUUCUGGAAUGGUCACUCUUGGACUGAUUUUGCUUAUACUUCGUCCAACAGGUCAGAAAUAUGCAAUCCUAUACCAUCUGCUACACCCUUUAGUUAUGUGAAGAAUGAGCACAUCUGCGGAAGACCUUUGGGACUCAGAUUUGACAAGAAAACAGGCGAUUUAUACAUCGCUGAUGCAUAUUUUGGGCUCAUGAAGGUGGGGCCUGAGGGUGGUUUGGCAACGUCUCUUACAACUGAGGCUGAAGGAGUGCCUCUCAGGUUUACUAACGAUGUGGAUGUUGAUGCAGAAGGAAAUGUUUAUUUCACAGAUAGCAGCACUAAAUAUCCAAGGAGGAAUUUUAUUCAGCUGGUAUUCUCUGGCGAGAAUAGUGGCAGGGUUUUGAAAUACAACCCCGCCACAGAGGAAACCACUGUUCUUGUCAGGAAUGUUCAAUUUCCCAAUGGCAUUUCCUUAAGCAAGGAUGGUUCCUUUUUUGUCUUCUGUGAAGGGUCUAUUGGCAGGUUACGUAAGUUCUGGCUAAAAGGCGACAAAGCUGGGACUUCAGAGGUUUUAGCAAUUCUUCCUGGAUUCCCCGACAAUGUGAGAGUCAAUGAAGAUGGAGACUUUUGGGUGGCUGUUCAUUGUAGAAGGUCUAUGUACAGUUACAUAAAUGGACAUUACCCACAGGUCAGAAACUUCAUACUCAAGCUUCCUAUUCCAGCAAGGAUUCAAUACUUACUUCAGAUGGGAUUGAGGGUCCACGCAGUAAUUGUUAAGUAUAGUCCUGAGGGUAAGCUUCUGCAGAUAUUGGAGGAUAGUCAGGGAAAAGUUGUUAGAGCUGUGAGUGAAGUGGAAGAGAGGGAUGGUAAGCUCUGGAUUGGAAGUGUUCUCAUGCCUUUUGUUGCAGUUUAUGAUUUGAAAUAAAGCAUGGAACUGGAGACUGGACCUGGAGGCUCAUUUUUACUUCCACGUUGCCAAUUAAUAAUCAUGCAUGUCUUUGUACUGUAAACAACUACAGCAAUCAAGAUCUAAUUGGGAAGCUUCCCCUUUUUAUGUCA